CCUUUUUUUUGGGUGCUAAAAUCAAUGCAGAUGUAUAGUAUGAAUUUCCCAUCUCUAUCUCUCCUCACUAUUUAUUCUCUCUUCUAUCUCCACAAUUCAUUUGACUUUUUAGAAUUCUUCCAUAUCCCGAAAACCGAACGCUUUAUAUAAAUCCUCAAAAUCCCAUUCUCUUCAUUUUCCCCCCACUAAUUCUCUCCCUUUGCUUUACUCUUCUUCCUUUGUUUUUUAUAUCUAAAUCAAACAGAACCAAAAAAAGUUGGAAAAGGUAAAUCACAACACAAAUCUACACCUCCCAUGGCAGUUGAAGCAAGGCAUCUUAAUCUUUUUCCCGGCCAACUCGUUCAGGACUGGUAAUUUCAACCAAUCAUUCCUUAUCCCACCCAUUAACUGCUCUGGGAGUAUCUGAAUCCUUCCAACCAGACAAACUUCAAUCCGCAGAUGGGUUUCGCCGGCGCUACCUUGCCGGAAUAUCAAUCGCUUUACCGGCUGGCGGUGGGCGAUUCGGCUCAGGCGAAGACUUCCUUCAACACCGACAGCGGCCUCACGUACAACGUACCGCGAAAGCGCCAGCGGGACUCGGCCAAUCACCAUUACGCUGUACCGAGUUUCCCUGCACCCGCGAAGCAGGGUAUUUCUUCCCAGCAGCUGCCGUCUUCCUUCCCCGCCGGCGAGGACAUUAUGCCGCAAUUACCGCAGUACCAGUCGGAGAUCGACGCCAUUAUCUCCCAACACAACAAGAAAAUCAGAUUGGAGCUUGAAGAGAGGCAGAUGAAGCAGGCGAGACUGCUAGCGGCUGCCGUCGGCGAAGGUUUAAUGAAGAAAUUACGGGAAAAAGACGAGCAAAUCCAGGAAAUGGGAAAAGUCAAUUUAGCCCUUCAAGAAAGAGUGAAGAGCCUCUACCUCGAGAACCAGCUAUGGCGGGACCUGGCGCAGUCCAACGAGGCCGCCGCGAACUCCCUCCGAUCUAACCUGGCGCAGGUCCUUCUGCAAGUCUCCGGAGGCGGCGCCGCCGCGGAGGAGGAGGAGGACGCCGAGUCGUGCUGCGGCAGCACCGGCGACGGCCAGGAUGGGGAGAGGAUGUGCCGGAUGUGCGGUGAGAGGGAGGCCUGCGUGCUGCUGCUGCCGUGCCGGCACCUGUGCCUGUGCGGGACAUGCGGCGGGGGCGGCGGGUCGCGGCGGCUGCAGACGUGUCCCGUCUGUGACUCCAGCAUGGACGCAACACUACACGUCAACAUGACGUCAUAGUAGGUUGUUGUAGUGAAUUACUUUACUAGCCCUAGUAGCGCAGAAUGGAAGGUAGGUUGAAAGAGGAAAAAAAAAUGGAACAUUCUUUAAGAAAAAAAAUGUUUGUACCGAAAAAAAUAAAAAAAUAAAAGUGUAGUUUUAAACAGUAGCCUCUGUAAAUUAUGUUUUGGGCGAAGUAGAAUUCUUAGAAUCUUCAAUUCAUAUUUAUUUCUUUGUUUUUACUUUUGAUACGGUAAUGCUCAUCCUAUAAGAUGUUACGUCCAUAAUGUUUUGGAUUUAAUCCUAUAAGAUGUUACGUUCAUAAUGUUUUGG